GAAACGGGAUUGGUUAGAGAUUGGGGCUCUUUCCGCAGCAAUCAACAAUGGCAACAUAGUUUACUUCUAUUACUUAAUUUCGUUUGUGGCAUCCAUUUUCAACUUCAACGCUUUCUAUUCAGUUUCAAUCAAACCCCAAUCUUGAACGUCAACUGUGUCCCUCUGUAGAGAGAUUUGUAUUGUAAUCAAAUAAAUUGUAAGCUAAUAAUAAUGGCAGCAGUGUCAGGGGGUGAGAUUUGGAAGGCCCACACGGCCAUGGCAAUGGUGCAGUUAUUCAACGGAGGCUAUCACGUCAUCACCAAAGUCGCCCUUAACGUUGGCAUCAACCAAAUCGUGUUCUGCGUCUUCCGCGAUAUCAUUGCCCUCGCCAUUCUCGCUCCCCUAGCUUUUAUCCGUGAAAAGCAUACACGGCCACCAAUAACUAAACGCCUUCUCAUGUCAUUCUUCUUUCUUGGAUUAACUGGGAUAUUUGGCAACCAUCUUUUGUUUCUUAUUGGCUUAAGCUAUACUAAUCCAACUUAUGCUGCUGCGGUUCAGCCAGCCACUCCGGUCUUUACUUUUCUAUUGGCUGUGAUGAUGGGUACAGAAAGAGUGAACUUGCUAAGAUAUGAAGGUUUGGCCAAGGUUGGAGGAACUUUCUCCUGUGUUUUAGGUGCUGUUCUGAUGGUAUUGUAUCGUGGUCCGGCAUUGAUAGGAUAUUCAGAAACAGACUUUGUAACACACAGUGAAAUAAGUGCCAAAGGUCAACCAGAGCCUUCUGGAUGGUUAAUUGGUGGUUUACUGGAUCUCGGAGUUGAUCAAUUUCAUCUCGGAGUUUUGUGCUUCAUAGGGAAUUGCAUGUGCAUGGCUGCUUUUCUAACCAUUCAGGCUCCACUAUUAAAAAAGUAUCCUGCAAACCUGUCUGUCACCGCUUAUUCAUACUUCUUUGGAGCUGUUUUGAUGGUAACUACAUCAUUCUUUGCAACUAACGAGUCAACUGACUGGAGAUUGACACAGUCUGAAACUAUUGCUGUUAUUUAUGCAGGAUUUAUCGCAUCUGCCCUUAAUUAUGGACUGAUAACAUGGUGCAACAAGAUAUUGGGGCCAGCCAUGGUUGCUCUUUAUAACCCACUUCAACCAGGAGCUUCUGCUCUCCUAUCCAGAAUUUUUCUUGGAAGUCCUAUUUACAUGGGAAGCAUUGUAGGGGGAUCUUUGAUCAUUAUUGGUUUGUAUGCGGUUACUUGGGCGUCUUACAGAGAAAGACACGCAGCUGCUGCACUUAUUUCUCCUGAUAAGAAUUCUUUUAGAGUUAACAUUUUUUCAGGUCCCUCCACCAUCUCCCCUAAGUCUUCAGAUUAACGGAAUGUAAAAACUUCUCUCAUAAUUCUUUCUUCUUUUUAUUUAUAUAUAGUGUUUUCAAGAACUCAGAGAAUCAACGUUCAAUUUUUUUACUAGGUUACAACUUCAAA